AUGGCGUCUUCUUCUUCUUCUUCUAGUACUGCAAAUAGUAGCGUGUCGGGCGGCGGCGGCGGCGGCGGCGGUGGCGGUGGUGGUGGCUCUCCUUGUGGAGCAUGCAAGUUUCUGCGGCGGAAAUGUGUGGCUGAGUGUAUUUUUGCUCCUUACUUUAGCUCGGAACAAGGGGCUGCAAGAUUUGCCGCCGUUCAUAAAGUGUUUGGGGCUAGUAAUGUGUCUAAGUUGCUGCUUCAUGUCCCUGCUCAUGAUCGCUGUGAGGCUGUUGUUACUAUUGCUUAUGAAGCUCAAGCAAGGAUUCUUGACCCUGUUUAUGGCUGUGUUGCCCAUAUUUUUGCUCUCCAACAACAGGUGGCAUACUUACAAGCACAAUUGAUGCAAGCCAAGGCUCAACUUGCCCAAACCCUGAUGGAAUCAGGAGGCAACAUGGAGCUUCAAUGGACAGGGAGCUUCAAUAACAAUCUCUCCAAUGGAAUCCCAAGCAAUUAUGAGACUCAAAUUAUGAACCCAGCAGUUUCCCCACAGAGCUCAGUGGAAUCAGCAGCCAACAACGAUGCAGCAUUAAUGUUCAUGAACCAUUAUCAAGAGAGCCAAACAUUGGCUAGAAGAAGAUCAGCUUCAUGUCAUGGUGAUCUUGGGGAGCUUCAAGCUUUGGCCCUUAGAAUGAUGAGAAACUAA